AUGGAUAAGCAUUUAGAUAUACAUGAAAAUUUUCAGUUAAUAGAUAUUACAGAAGAAUUUAAUGUGAAGAAGGUGUUAACUGACGAACUGAACCAAACAAUAGAGCAAAAUUGUUUGUCGUUAAGAUGUUCUGCAUGUACCCUUUGCAAUAGUGGUAAAUUAGAGGUGGAUCCAAAAGAGGAAGAAAUAAAAGAAAUUAAUGACGACGAAGAGAUGGGGGAAGAAGAAUUGGAAGUUGAACAAGAAGAUGAAGUAAAGAAACAGUUGUGGGAAUGUGAUUACAAUAUCUUAACUUUGUUUGGGCUCAGGGAAAAUUAUAUGUCCAUUUUGAAAUCGGUAGGGUGCUAUAGCAAGGUAUUCUUUUCAACGGUUGUCGACAAGCGGCUUGUGUAA